AAGACAUGGUUUGUCAAGAGUUGAUUGGAAGUUGGAUUAACUUCCUAAAAGUCACCACUUUUGGGAUGAACUGGAACGCAAAUCCAAGAUAAUCCAAAAUCUCAUGGAACGCCUUCCAAGAAGUGUGGAGCCUUACAGAUAUGGAGGAGCUGGUGCAGGACCUGGUGUCUGCAUUGGAGCAGACCUCAGAGCAGGCUGAGCUAGAUGAUCUGUGGCAGGAGAUGGUGCUCAGGCCACUGCAGCAUCGGCGUCAGGUUCGCAGACGGAGGGGCCGCAAACGACGCUGUGAUUUUGAGCACAGCCUUGGCCUCAGUGAGGCAUCCGAGUCCAGUGUGGAUGAAGCCUUUGCAAGAGAACAGAGACACGGUGCUGCAAGAGCUGUGGCCAUAGCAGCAAGUCCUGUGCUGGCUUCUAACCACAGUGAUUCAGAUGACACACUAAUAGUCAAGCGCUGGACUCCUUCAUCACUGUCCUUCCGUACCAGACAGCAUUCCUGGCCAGAGUCGGACUCAUUCACUGAGAACACACCAGGAAGACCUCUGCGCAGACGACGCAAAGUCAAACGCAUGCCGCCAAAUGUAAAUGUGAACAUGCAGCAGAGAUUUAGAGUGUGUGGACUGGAGAGAGCGGAACAAACACAUCGUCACUGUCAUCACCAUCAUCAUCACCACCAUCAUCAUCAUCAUCAUCAUCAGAGGUCCUAUAAGAAGCAGAGACUGAACCGACUGAAAAAGCGCUCCGGGGGCUGGUCUAAGCAGGAUGGCGGCUCUGUGGGGGCCGGAGUGGGAGGGAUGUCUCAGGAAUGCUGGAAGGACAAGAUCCUGCGCCAGGCCAAGGAGAAGAAAGAGGCGUCUGAUGAAAACAUGUCAGAAUGUGAGACAAGCAGCGUGUGCAGCAGUGACCCAGGGCUUUUCACCAAUGAUGAGGGAAGGCAAGUCGAACCUUUUUUUUCUGUAGGUGAUGAUGAACAGAGUGACUGGUUCUUUGAAGGUGAAUGUGCACCCGGUAUCGGUGUUCAGGGUCUGAUCUCCAGCAGGGAGUCAGAAACAGCCCCCAGACCAGCUGCACUCGACGCUAUGAGAGAGAAGCAUCAUUCGGCUACUUUCCUCCACCCAAGCCAGUCCAAUCAAAGAGGUUGUCAUUCUCGUAUAAACCGUUUGCCAGGUGUGACUGCGUGCUGUAUUAGGAAAGGCAGAAGGAGAUUGCCUGCCAAGGAUAAUAAUAUUGCUGCUUGUGUUGACAAACUGAAGACCUGCUCACAUGAUUCCUAUCACAGAGAGUUUUGGCUGCCCCCCUAUGGGAAGCGAGAUAGAAGACAGCUGAAACCUUUGUGUUCAUUAUCCAUGUAUCCUAUCGGCAUGGGUCCAGACUCCCCACAUCCAAGAUGCUCCAUAUCUGAAUGUAAAAACAGACAGCGUAGUGCACAACUGGGAGUGAUGUGUGGAGGAGACAUCAAGAGGAGGAGGAAAGCUGUAGCACUUCCCAAUGCCACUUCAGUCUACCUCCCGUUCCAUAAGGAGGCCAGACGAGAAGAGGCCAACCAGUGCUAUGAGUCGGCUUUUCCUCCCGGAGGAGAAUGUGCUCACCCCUUGCCAUCCACUUCACACACACCUGACUUCAUCAAACCAGGGACUUCAUUCAGCAGCCAGAGGGAACAUGAGGAUGACUGACACACGCUCUCACAUCGGCUGCCCUCAUCAUGGGCACAGCUGCUCAGGAUGGAAAACGUAGACUAGCACACAGAGAAUACUGAGGUGAACAGAAAGAACUCUCUGUGACAAAACUUUCUCGUUUAAGUCUUUCUCCAACCAAGAUACCACCUUACAGACAAAAAUGCUAAUGAGUCAAUUGGGUCAAUAUGUAAGCCCAAGGCAGCUAACCCACCAGUUAUCACCCCAUUCAUACUGAUUCAGACUGGGACUGGAUUUCCAAUUGUGGCUAUAGAAACAUCCACUGGGUUCAAUAUUUUGAAGGUUCAGAGUUAAAACUUUGUUGUAUGUUGGUAUGUAUGUUAAAGAAGUAGCUCAUUGUGUAGCAUCACUAAAGUCAGGUACGUCACGCCGAUGCAACGUACACACGAUCGACCAUUGGAAGUGAAAACACCCAGGUCCCAUAUUAACAUGGAUAUGAAACGCUAGAGUGCUCUAAAAACACUCAUUAGCACAACAGAGUGAGUGUGCGUUCUUGUACCCUCCGGGGGCCUUCACUCCCUGCUUCACAGUCCACAUUCAAACGUUCUCACAUAAAAGUUUGGUGCAGCACAGCGUCUGCUUAAACAUGCAUUUUAAUUUGAAGUUAUUGUUUCAAUUGGUGUGGUUAUGAGUCAUAAUGUUUUACACAGUUCGGCUCAGUGUGAAUUGGGCAUGUAAUGAUGGCAUGUGUCUAUUAUUAUUAUUAUUAUUAUUAUUAUUAUUAUUAUUAUUAUUAUUAUUAUUAUGGGCACGAAUUACUGUAAAUAUUUUAUGGUUCUUCUGAGAAUCCUUCAUAUGCUUGUGCUUUUGCUAUUGGAAUUGAAUACCUGUAGCUUUCUGGAAGCAUUUCCUCUUUAGCAAUCAGUAUAAUGAGACUGCUUUUUGCUUCUGUUGACAUUUAUAAAUGGACCAGCAUGGCUGUGUAGACAGCUGUGGGAACUGUAGUGUCCCUUUUCCACUGCGCUCUUCAUCCAUAUGACCAGCUGCCUUGAAUUGACAGAACACUUGCUGUAUUUCCUUAUCACGUUUUUGUCAAUCAUCAAAGCUAUUGCCUCAACUGCCUGUAAUUAGUUGUUACCAUGACAACAUUACCUCAUGAGCCCCUCCUCCCAUUAUGUGUGUGCGGCCUGAAAUGAGUUUCUUUGGUGGGGCAGAAAGUGGGAGUAGGGGCGGACAACACGACACGUGCACCCAGUCAAUCACCUCAGCUACAGUUAAGGAAUCCAGUGGGCUGAUGCUCCUCAUAUUUCAUCCUUGGUAAAGAUUACCUGUCGGCCCCAGAGGAGAUGUAUUGAUCUGUUUUCCUUUUUUUCUGCCAGCAAUCACCUGACAAAGGCACCUAGGAGUGCAGAAGUGAGUGAUGCCCGUUCAGGUCUCCACCCACUGUGGUAUAUUUUGGCUGGGUGGAGCGGUGCAGAGUAUUUUUUUUUACAUCUGAAGAUAAUACCAGCAUAAACCCUGCAUGACCAACAGUCUGAGACCGUAUUAGACCCAUUAAGUAUUUUACUUAAAAAUAAAUAAAUAAAAAAACAAAUAAAAAAAUUAGCUUCUGUUACUCAACAGUAGGCUGUAGUGACAUAAACAGAAAUGCAAUUCAGGGGGAGGUUAUAAAAAUAUGCUACCUGAGUAUAUUUGGACCGGGGGAGGAAAUCGGAGUACCCGGAGGAAACCCCCGAGGCACGGGGAGAACAUGCAAACUCCACACACACACAAGGCGGAGGUGGGAAUCGAACACUCGACCAUGUAGAUGUGAGGCGAACAUGCUAACCACUAAGCCACCGUGCCCCCCCCCCCCCCCCCAUCUAUAAUACAAUUAAAUAAUAUUUCUAGUAGACAGGAAUAAUGAAGGAAAAAGAAAAGUCUGUAUCUGAUUUGAUCUGACAUGGAGUUUGGAGUUUGUGGACGAUAGGUUUUAAAAAAGUAUGUGGAAAUGAAACAAAUCUAAGUAGUUACUCCUUCUGGUCCAUAAAUGGUACAGUGUUCAGCCUGAGUCCUGUAGAUUAUAAAAUAUCAUAAUUUUAUUACAGCAUUUAAAAAAAACAACAACAUAAAACUCUUCCUAUUGUGUAAACUUUUCUAAGGAUUUUCUGUAGUAAAUGACGGUGGUACCAUUAUUAAUUAAAAAUGUUAAUAACUGUUGCAUGUCCUGCUAUGAAUGUAUUGUAUAGCGGUGUAUACAAGGCUGUACUGUAUUAAUUAUACAUGUUAAAUGCUUGCUCAUUUGGAAACUCUGCAACUGCUUUGAAAUUCUUCAAGCCAUCUUUACUGUCAACGUUCAGGUAAAUAUUUCACAAGUUAUGUUAAUGGUAUAUAUAUAUAUAUAUAUAUAUAUAUAUAUAUAUAUAUAUAUAUAUAUAUAUAUAUAUAGAUAUAUUUGCAUAUACACACACACACACACUUGGGCUGUAGUCAGAGUUGAGUUACUUAUGUUUAAUAAAGUUUUAACACCCAAAUUUUCUUGCAAUCUUGAGAUGUAAUGCUGCAGACUUAUUCACAAGCGAUGUGAGGGUUUGAGUAAACAGUUAGUUCAGCCCCUGACAAUCAGAUUUGACAAUAUGAUAUAAUCUCAAUAUAUCAUGGUAUAAUUUAUGUUUUGGAUUGUAAAUACACAGAGCGAAUUAUGACGCAAAUAAUAAAGACAUAAUAAUGACAACAUAAAAAUGACUUAAUGACAUGUAGAACUCCACAAAUUCCCCUGUGUAAAUAGCCAUGUAACUGUUGGACAUAAACUGCCGACUCUGAAUACGGCCCUUACGGUAUAAACAUUUCUGUUAUCGAUGAAAUGUGUGGCACACAUGAGUGAAUCUAGUCAGUGUCAUCUGGGCAGCUGUUUCUUUCUAUAUUAAAUAUUGCACAUGUUGAGAUAACAUGUUACUACAAUAUAUGUGUAUUAUGAAUGAGAAAGCAUGCAUAUAAAUCUCAGUGCUCUUGUCAUUGUAUAUCAGUGAGCGCUUAUCUGUAGAUUCUGAAUGAAUUGAAGGAUUGCCAUGAAAAAAUAAAACCUCUGAUAUGUGACAACUGUA